AUGACUAUUGUCAAAGAAAAAGAUGGGGAGUUGGAAUCGACUACUACAACAUCGGUGUUGAUUGUUGGUGGUGGAAUUGUUGGUCUUACAUCGGCACUACUAUUACAAAGACAAGGUAUCGAUUGUAUAUUGGUGGAGAAACAUCAAUCGACUAAUGUUCAUCCUCGUUCGCGUGGCUUCAAUGCGAGAACCAUGGAGAUUUGGCACGAGCUCGGUGUGGACAAGGAGAUUGCCGAGGCGGGCAGUGCAAUCGGUUUGUCGAAAGGAAUCUAUUCCGGUAGGACUCUGCUCGAGGUUAUGAGUUCUCAUACUCUAAAGCUAAGAUCUUUCGGUUUCGGACUGAUUCUCAUCGUGAUGUUCUUCCUACUCUUUAAACUACUGCCUGGAAUCUAUUUUUCACUGAUCAUGGGAGCGAUUGCUUUCUCACUGAUGAAACUGGUGCGUCAUGUUAUUCGAUAUUACAAACAAGGCAGUCCUUUCGGACUACAAAGAUGUACUCAAGAUUUGGCUGAACCAAUUCUACUUCAGCAUGCACUCACCAGAGCGAAACAAUCGGAUUCCUCAGAAUUGAAGAUUCAUUUCAAUACAGAGUGUGUGGAUUUCAUACAAGAUAGCAAUGGUGUAACUGCAACAUUGAAAUCAAGAGAUGUCAAUGGUAAAACGUUUGAGAUUAAAAGUAAAUACAUGUUGGCAUGCGAUGGUGCAAACAGUCCGACAAGAACUGCGUUGAAAAUCGAAAUGGAUGGAGUUGGUGUGUUGUCUCAGCAAUUGAAUAUCUUCUUUAGAUGUGAUCUCUCAAAGUUGGUGGUUGGCAGAGAAUUCAGUAUGGUGUUGGUGGAGAACGAGAAGGUCAGAGGUCUCUUCGCAUCGAUUAACAAUAGCGAUCUUUGGGUGCUUCACGUAGCGAUGGCCGAGGGUGAAACCAUUGCUGACUACCCACGUGAACGAUGUAUUCAGUGUAUCAAGUAUGCAAUUGGUGAUUUCGAUGUCACUGUUGCCAAAAAAUUCAAUCUAAACUUGGAUCAAAUUGAAUUGAAAGGAUCGCAACCAUGGUGGUCUAGAGUAAGAGUUGCAAAACAAUUGGUUGUCGAUCGUAUUAUACUAGUGGGUGACUCUGCCAAGAAUAUGCCGCCUUGGGGUGGCUUUGGUGCAAACUCUGGCAUUGCCGAGGCACAUAACUUGGCUUGGAAGUUGGCAGCCAUCUUACGAGGAGAAGCUGAACCAUCGUUGUUGGCAACAUAUCAAGAUGAGAGACACCCAAUUGCUGCCAAACUAGCAUCACUCGCCGGUAGUUUCAACGAUUCUCGUGGUUUGAUUCAGAAUGGUAUCACAACAGUGCCAACCAUGAUUCUCAAGGUAUUUCCAUAUCUCAUCCUUGGCUAUGGAUACCGCUCGAAAUCAUUCAACAAUCAACAGAAUGGAUUUGAUCAAGUCGAUGAACAAACUCGUGAUCUUGUUGGACGACCCGGUACAAGAGUUCCACAUAAACUCAUUAGAAAACUAUCGAAUCAAAACAAUGAAGAACAAGUGGAGAAUGAUGGCGAAGAACAAAGAGAGGAAACAAAGAUAAUCUCAACUUUGGAUCUAAUAGACUAUAGGAAAUCAUUGUUAAUUGUUGGAGGUGAGAGUAGAUGGCAAUUUGUGGCCGAUGAACUACUAAGAGAUCGAUCAUCCACUCCACUGAAAGUUGUUGUUGCACAAAAAGACUUUGACGAUUCCGGUAUCGAUUGGUCCAUCGACUUUGGUAUCACAACAAGUGGUAUGCUUCUAGUACGUCCAGAUGGAUUCGUUUCAUCUCGCUUCAAAGAUGAUUCAGAAGCAUCUAAAUUAAAUUUAAUUCAAUCUUUAAAUAUUAUUUACUGUAAAGAAAAUUAA